CUCUCGCUCUCCCCGCCCCCUCCGCAUCCCCCGAUUCCCCCGCCAUGGCUUCCGGUGCCCUAGCCCGCCUCCUCCUCGGCCGCCGCGCGGCCGCCACCCCUCUCCUCGCGCGCCCCUUCGCCGCGAAGGCCCGCGCGUCGCGCCGGCCGCAGGAGCCGGCCUUCCCGUCGGAGGACGAGGACGACUUCGCCGGCGGCGAGGUGGCCGCGCCCGCGCCCACCGAAGGCAUCAGCAAGCCGCUCGCCGAGGUCCUCAGGGAGCUCGGUAAGAGGGUCCCCGAGGCCCUCGUCAAGACGCGCGUCGAAGAUGGCUUCUCCCUGAAGUACAUCCCAUGGCACAUUGUUAACAAAAUUCUGAAUAUACAUGCUCCAGAAUGGUCUGGCGAGGUUCGCAGCAUUGUUUAUUCAUCUGAUGGAAAAUCUGUAUCUGUUAUUUAUCGCGUGACUCUCCAUGGAACUGAUGCAGAGAUCUACAGAGAAGCCACUGGAACUUCUUCUGCUGAUGAUACAGGCUAUGGAGAUCCUGUGCAGAAGGCUGAAGCAAUGGCUUUUCGCCGAGCUUGUACCCGUCUUGGUCUUGGACUUCAUCUCUAUCAUGAAGAUAUGUCAUAAAUGCUUAAUGUCAAUUGUCUGCGGUAUUAAACUCUUGCAUGUCUCAUGGUGCACAGACCCCCUUUUGUGCUGGAUACACUUUUCUUGUGCAUGUUAUGAACGUCCAGCAUAUGAAGCUAGGUACUUUAGGUGGUUGCGUAGAUCGCUAAAUGUAAGCUACUAAUGCAACUACUGUUGAACUAUUACCUUAUUAUGAACCAGCCUGCUGUUCCAAGAUAUAUGUCCCUUUUUCGUAUCAAGAAAUUCCUGGUUACUGCUGGAAUUAAAUUA